UAGAAAGAGCAGAAAGGACUGGCCAGUGGAAGGAGGGGGGGGAAAAUACCAACAACAGGAAACAGGAGCGAUUCUAACGCUGUUUCUGCGAGAUAAAGCAGCCGGUUGCCACGUACCAGCAAACCAAAAGUGUCACUUCUGCAAAGAAAUGCCACCCUAAGAGUUUGAAAGUUUAAACAACUGACGUCACUUCUGCUCUCAACAUCCAGCCGCGUGCUUCGUCAAAAUGUGAGCGGAUGCAGCACAUUUGGGAGAAGAUUGUCGGCGAAUUCUAUGCGGCUGCUUUGUGAUCCACCAACUCACCCUUGCUCGGGGUCAUAUGGAUUCGUCGCUACGUUUACAAGGAGCUGCUAAUCAACUGGACCACUAACUGGAACCACAUGAAGAAAAAAGGGACCAAGCAGAAGUCAAAAACGAAAGGAAGUGAAAAUGCGUUCGGCUGUGACCUGACGGAACAUCUCCAGAACUCAGGACAUGAUGUCCCUCAGGUUCUGCUGAAAUGUGCAGAGUUCAUUGAGAAGCACGGGAUUGUGCAUGGGAUCUACAGGUUGUCGGGGGUCACCUCAAACAUCCAGCGGCUCAGACAGGAAUUCAGUGCCGAGGCGUGCCCUGACCUUACGAAGGAAGUGUACCUCCAGGACAUCCACUGUGUGGGUUCCUUAUGCAAGCUGUACUUCAGGGAGCUACCAAAUCCUCUGCUCACAUAUGAGUUAUACAGCAAAUUCACCGAAGUGGCCUCAGUGUGUGGUGAUCAUGAAAGACUUCUACACGUUCAAAAGAUUGUUAAGCAACUGCCGACCCCUCACUUCAGGACUCUGGAGUACCUCACCAAGCAUUUGGCCCGUCUGGCCACUUUGAGUGCCCAGACAAACAUGCAUACACGCAAUCUAGCCUUGGUUUGGGCUCCUAAUCUGUUGAGAUCCAAAACAAUAGAGGCCACUUCUGGUAAUGGAGACAUGGCUUUCCAGGAGGUGAGAAUACAGCAGUCAGUGGUGGAGUUCAUUCUAAACCACACAGAUCAGAUUUUCAACAGCGAAUCUGUGCAAAUCAAACCAAAAGAAGGGUUAAGUCUGAUGUGUGGAGAGAAGUACGCCACGCUUCCAAUCAGCAGUCAGUGUGGACCGAUGAAACUGAUGAGCCUGGAAGAAGCCCAAGCCCGCUCCCUAAGUCCAAAUCAUCCCGUGCAUAAAGAACGCCAACGAGAGAACAGUCUGCCUGACACCAGCACUGCCAUGCUCUACCACACUGUCAUAGACUUAGACAGCAAGAGAAAACUGUCCGGUAAAUCCAAGAAAUGGAAAUCCAUCUUUAACUUGGGACGCUCUGUGGACUCCAAAGGAAAACUGAGCCGGAAUGGAAGUGUGUUCAUUCGAGCUCCAGGGUUAACAGAAAAGGCAUCUCUUCGACCAUCUAGAAGCAUGGAGUCACUGUGCUCCUUGCCAACAGGUAAAGUAUUUCACAAGUAAAACGAAACAUCGGUGGAAGUCUCAACAGUAAUAGUAUUUGGUUCACCUCCUGUUGUUUCCAGAUGACGACAGAACUGGAAAGAGUCCAUCAGGAGGACA